UUUUUACAUCCACCAGUCCGUUUCGAACCGUCAAUACGCGCUGUGGCUUGUAAAGCUUCAAACGUAAUCGGUCACGUGAUAUUUGCAGCGCGAUACAAGCUCCGAAGCACUAUUUCGAAGCAGUGUGAUUCAGGAAGUCUGACAUAAGCUUCGGGGCUUCGGGCUCGUUAUACCAUCUCUAUUCUUCAGUGAACUUUGACUCAGGGUAGCUUAGCUUGCUAGCUUCUAACAAAGAGACGCGGAAGUGAUCAACACAUCGCCAAGCAGAGAUCAAGCGUUCGUGUAAAGUGAUCAACAUGUGUAAAGUCCAAAUGCUGAGAGCGCUGGUGAAUCAGCGACUAGCUGCGGUUGUUGAAGAAAUAUUUGUAGUGUUGGAAAGAACGAUAGCAGAGUACGAGGAGGAACUAUCUCAAACAAAAGAGGAGAACGAGCGACAACGUCAACUACUGGACGCCGUUUUCAAGAACCAUCAAGUUGUGUUACAGAGAGCAGACACCAGUGAGGAGCAUCUUAUACAGCGCCUCCACUUUAAAGAGGAAGAUGAGGAGCCACAGCCCCCACACAUGAAAGAGGAAGAGGAAGAGCACAGCAUCAGUCAGGAGGGAGAGCAUCUUGAAGGACUGGAGGAGUUCUCAGUGAUUGGUGUCGAUAUGAAGAGUGAAGAUGAUGAAGACAAAGGUGAAAGUGAGGAGAAGACAGAGGUGGAGCCUCCUAGCAGCAGCUCAUCUCAACACAUGACAACAGAAGCUGAUGGAGACCACUGUGGAGGAUCACAAGCAGACAACCUCUUAGCUCCAUUGUCAAAUAGUGACAACACAACGUCACACUCUCCUGACGCUGAUGAUGAAGACUCUAAAGCUGAUAUGACAUGUCACAGUGACAACACACACUUUAAAUGCUCUCACUGUGGCAAAACUUUUAAUUACCAUAGUAAUAUGAAAAGACACAUGACGAUGCACACUGGAGAAAACUCUUCUGCUUGCUCAGUCUGUAAUAGAAGAUUCUCGUGGGGUUACUUGGAAGUUCACAUGAGAACACACACUGGGGAAAAACCUUUUCCCUGUUCAAUCUGCAACAAAAGAUUUUAUCAGCGAUCAACACUUGUAAGACACAUGAGAACACACACUGGAGAGAAAGUGCUGAGUUGCAGUGUGUGUGGUGAAAGAUUCUCUUAUAAGUACCAGCUUAACAAUCACAAGUGUGCUGGUGAGAACAGCAGCAGUAAAUGAAGCUGCGGUACUUGAAAUAAACUGUCAGGACUUUGAUAACUUUCUAACGCCAUCACCACAUAUACAGUAAUGUGACAUUGUUGGGUGUGUAACGAUCUUGUUAAUAUGCUUUUCCUAUUUCAGUGCAAUGAAAAUAGGAAAAAAGCUGUGACAGAGUGUCAGUCAGUUGUAUUUCAUUAAAUUACAAAACCUGAGCCAAGCAGAGACUGAAAUGCCCUUCUGUUGUUUGUGGGAUCAUUUUGACCUUCUGCCGGAAAAUAAGGUAUUUAUAUCAAUCUCCUCAAUUUACCCACUUCUUGUCAUAUUUUCCAAAUAUUCUGUUCUAGUGAAAUUAUUUUCAAAAUAACUCUUAGUUUAUUAUUCAUAUUAUUUUUUUGCAGGUAAAAUGUCACAUUUGUGCGACAGAAUUGUCUUACACUAGUGAUGGGUCCAGUGACACAGAUGCGAACUCAGAAGUGGAACGUUACUUAACAUCUGGUAACUUUCAACACACCGAGGACCUACUUCAUUAUUGGAAGAGUAUGCAGUCCACCUUCCCUCAUUUGUUUUUAUUAGCGAACCAGUUUCUAUGCACACCAGCCUCUUCUGUGCCUUGCGAACGCAUAUUCUCCAACGCAGGACAAAUUGUGUCAAAGAAACAAAAAAGACUGAAUUACAAAACACUGGAGAAACUCAUUUUUAAAAAUAAAAAUCUUUAAACAAUGAGUCCAUUGUCAUUGUCAUUCACAGCACUUUCACUGAGGUUUUGACAUUAUGACAGAUGUUCACUUAAUUUAUCCACUGUGUCUCAAAUAUCAAAGAGGAUUUUUAAUUAAAUUACAUAUAUGGAACAAGAAAAUGUGACUGCAAAUACGGAAAUGACGGUAUUGGAUACAAUAGGUCAUCAAAUCAGUGUCAGUUGAGUCUGUCAACUAUGUUUCCUGCAGGGAUUUUUUUAAGUCCACCAGGUGUCAGUAUUUAGCAACACAGUGUCAAUACAGUGUGUCACUGCGUCGAAACGAUACGUGAUGCCUCAUCUAUCCAUCACUACAGGAGAGAAACCACAAGCUGGGCUAUAUAGGUCAAGAAUGCAAUGACGCCUACUCACCUGGGGGAGGCAGUAAUGCUGGCGUGUGGUUGCUGUGUCUCGUCUGCCGGAAAUAGAAAAAAAUUACGACGGCAAAUUGAGUCACAUCGUGGACUUCUAACUUUGUUUUAUGGUGCUCAUUACCUCUUAAUUUUGUUCACGUGUCUUCCGUGAGACGGACUACUCUUUAAAACGUUCAUUCUUCGUGUCAGGAUAAACUUGUCUCUGUGAAGUUUGACGCUUCUCGGGCUAGCUUAGUUUGUUAUGUUAGCUGCUAACAAAGAGUCGCGAAAUUUAGCAGCACGUCGCUCAGCAGAGAUCGAGUGUGAGUGUAGUGUUGUGAUUGUGUGAAAAUGUGUAAAGUACAAAUGCUGAGAGCGUUGGUGGAUCAGCGGCUCACUGCGGCCGUUGAAGAAAUAUUUGUAGUGUUGGAAAGAACGAUAGCAGAGUACGAGGAGGAACUUUCUCGAACAAAAGAGGAGAACGAGCGACAACGUCAACGACUGGACGCUGUUUUCAAAAAGCAUCAGGUUUUGUUGCACAGUGCAGGUUUGUUUCAUUCUUACUCUCACAUGUUUACUUUUCUAUCAUCAACGUGAUCAUUAAAAUGAAAUGGAGAUGAGUAACUUGGCCGAGUGGAGGAGCAAGAAACCAGCUAAUCCCAAUUCAGUGUAUUUAUUGUGCACCCCUUGAUUUGCGUAAAUUACGUUGUAUUUUUUUGUAUACGAGCAGCUGUCAUGUUUUUAUGUCAAGUUUUUCUGCUGUGUUUAUUUUGUUUUUUCCACUACCUGUUGUAUUGGUUCUGUUAUUCCUCUGAUGUACAGUAUGGUUAGGACGUCUUGAAUGUCAACGUGGUGACUGAUGAGACCCCCAGAGAGAUUGUCAGAACAUACUGUAUGCUGCGGCAGGACAGUGCCUCAUAUGACGGAGCAAAGCUGGACUCGUGUUUGUCGUCUUGUGUCCUGCAGACGCCAGUGAAAAGCAGCUUUCACAGCACCUCUACUUUAAAGAGGAAGAGGAGGAGCACAGCAUCAGUCAAGAGGGAGAGCAGCUUGAGGCGUUCCCAGUGAUUGGUGUCCCUUUGAAGAGUGAAGAUGAUGAAGACAAAGGUGAAAGUGAGGAGAAGAAAGAGGUGGAGCCUCCAAGCAGCAACUCCUCUCUACACAUGACAACAGAAGCUGAUGGAGACCACUGUGGAGGAUCACAAGCAGACAACCUCUUAGCUCCACUAUCAGAUAGUGACGACACAACGUCACACUCUCCUGACACUGAUGAUGAAGACUCUAAAGCUGAUAUGACAUGUCACACUGACAACACACACUUUAAAUGCCCUCACUGUGACAAAACCUUUCAUUACCGUCGUAGUCUUAAGAGACACAUGAGACUACAUACUGGAGAAAACCCUUCAGCUUGCUCAGUCUGUAAGAGAAGAUUCUCGUGGGGUUACUUGAAAAUUCACAUGCGAAGACACACUGGGGAAAAACCUUUUACCUGUUCAAUCUGCCACAAAAGCUUUUGUCAACGAUCAACAUUAAUAAGACACAUGAGAAUACACACUGGAGAGAAAGUGUUGAGUUGCAGUGUGUGUGGUGAAAGAUUCUCUUAUAAGUACCAGCUUAACAAUCACAAGUGUGCUGGUGAGAACAGCAGCAGUAAAUGAAGCUGCACGACUUGAAAUAAACUGUCAAGACUUUGAUAACUUUGGACUGUGUAACAUCGUCACCACGUAUAAUGUAUGACAUCAAUGUUGUGUUUUUAAUACGUUUCUACCAUUUAAAUGUAAUAAAAAUAAAGA